CUACACUCAAGGUUGAACAAAACACGUGAGAGUACAAAAUCUUAGACCAAGCUAAUCCUUUUUCUAUUUUAUUUUUAUUUUUAUUUUUUUUCCGCUCAAAUAGUGAGUUUUCCAUUUUCAAUCCCGGAGGCUCUACUAUCUUCAUAGUUUAUUAGCUCCCACUUCCGUCUCUGCACUGCAAUUUUGACCACCUUCUCCACCACCUCUUUUUUGGUUGAAAAACAACCUUCUCUUCAUUGUAAGUUGACAACUAUGGCUUCCUCUCACAUUCUCUGCCAUAACAACGUCUUCAAUCUUCCUCAAAAUUCCUCGAGAAAAAGUAGCCUCUCGUCAUUUAGCUCACACGGGUCUUGUUCUUUUGGCUCCAAGCCUAGAUUUGCAGAAACCCAGUUCCUAAAACUCUUGGUUUCUGCCAAAAGACAAGUGGAGAUAGUGUAUGACCCUGAUGAGAGGAUUAACAAGUGGGCUGAUGAGGUGGACAAGCAAGCGCCUCUUUCAAGGCUCACUUUGUUCUCACCUUGCAAGAUUAAUGUUUUCCUGAGAAUAACUAACAAAAGGGAAGAUGGGUAUCAUGAUUUGGCGUCUCUCUUUCAUGUGAUAAGCCUUGGAGAUGUACUCAAGUUCUCUUUGUCUCCAUCUAAAACAAAGGAUUCUCUGUCAACCAAUGCCCCGGGGGUACCUCUUGAUGAUAGAAAUUUGAUUAUCAAGGCCCUUAAUCUUUAUAGGAAGAAAACUGGUACAGACAACUACUUUUGGAUUCAUCUUGACAAAAAGGUGCCCACUGGAGCUGGUCUUGGUGGUGGAAGCAGCAAUGCUGCAACCGCCCUAUGGGCUGCAAAUCAGUUCAGUGGUGGUCUUGCUACUGAGAAGGAACUCCAGGAAUGGUCGAGUGAGAUUGGUUCAGAUAUUCCUUUCUUCUUCUCCCAAGGAGCAGCCUAUUGUACCGGUCGAGGUGAGGUUGUCCAGGAUAUCCUUCCACCAGUACCUUUAGAUAUUCCAAUGUCUCUCAUAAAGCCGCAAGAGGCAUGUUCGACAGCUGAAGUUUAUAAGCGCCUUCGGUUGGAUAAAACUAGUAAUGUCGAUCCAUUACAAUUGCUAGAUAAGAUAUCAAGUGAUGGAAUAAGUCAAGACGUUUGCAUCAAUGACUUGGAACCUCCUGCCUUCGAAGUUCUUCCAUCUCUUAAAAGAUUGAAGCAACGUAUAAUUGCAGCUGGCCGAGGACAAUAUGAUGCUGUUUUUAUGUCUGGGAGUGGAAGCACUAUUGUUGGGAUUGGUUCUCCGGACCCACCGCAAUUCAUCUACGAUGAUGAAGAAUACAAGGAUGUGUUUUUGUCAGAGGCUAACUUUCUCACUCGUGAAGCAAAUCAAUGGUACAAAGAACCUGCUUCGGCAAGCGCCACUUGCAGCCCUCCGAACGACUUCUCUCAUGAUUUUUCGCAGUCAAUUGAGUGAUGUACCAGCACAAAAACUAGCUUUUGUAUCAAAUUUGUUGAUGUCCAGCUUUAGGUUUUGCAAUCCUUUGUGGCUGUAAAUAUUUCCUGAUGAGAGAAGGAAAGAAUGGGGAGGAAUGGAAA